AUAUCCAAGGCUACAGCCUCGGCUACUCGCUCCACCGAAUCCUCCUUAUCGACUUCAUUCAGGGCUACUGAAAGCAUUUCGAACAGCUUCGGUCGGAGACGCUAGCGAUAUCUUGUUACUUUCCUAUCCGACCAACGAAAACAGCCCCUACACGGAGUUAAAUAUUCGGGUGGUUGAUGGAUCGGUCGGCUCCCUUCCCUUCAACGCCGGUUGUUUCAAAAACAAUAAGCACCAGCCUAAUAAUCUUCACAGAAAAAUGCAAGCCGGUAUCAGCGGAGACUUUAGUGGAAAUUCAGGGGAUCAUAACGUAUUGGGUAAUAAUAAUAAUAACCUGAAUAGCGUUACCAAUUUCGGACAGAUAUAUCAUGGGUGUGUGCUGAGAGCCGGGGGCAGAGGUAUUACCCGCCUUCCCGAAUGACUACUAGCAAAUAGCUAAUCCCUAGCCACAGCUAGAAGAAACAUCUCGGCCUUAUCGGGUAAUUCCCUACUACAGAAACACCAAAUUCACUGGCCGUAAACAUCUCAUCGAGUCGAUAAAGGAACUUUCCAAGGGUACUGGCCACCACCGGAUCGCGCUUCAUGGAUUGAGCGGAUCUGGGUAUGUAUUCAUUGUUCUUAUUCCGGGGGUUCACUAACAUUGCUUAGAAAAACACAGAUUGCACUCGAAUACGUUUAUCAGCGCGCAAGCGAGAACGAUUGUGGUGUUUUCUGGGUGCAGGGGAGUGGUGUAUUAAAGUUUAUUGAGGGUUUCCAAGUUAUUGCGGAACAUGUUCGAAUUCCUCUACCCCUCGCCCCGACGGACCAAGAGCAAUUCCUGGCGAGUAUAAAGAGGUGGUUUGAAGGUCCCGAUAGUGGUGAUUGGGUACUGGUUAUCGACAACGCGGACAACGGGGAGGGCUUUAUUGGCAACUGCGGUCCAAUCUCAAAAUUUGUACCGCAAGGCCAAAGAGGGACUCUAAUAUUCACCACCAGAUCUCUCCAGGUUGCAUCAUGGCAGGGUUGUGAAAGGAUCGAUGUUGGAAAAAUGGAGGAGGAUGAAGCCCAUGCACUGUUUUCGAAGCGCUUUGGUAGCUGGAACGGGUUGGGCGAUGAAAAAGAGGCGAUCACAAUGAUCCUGGAAUCCCUACAUCACAUCCCGCUGGCUAUUGUGGGUGCGGCAGCUUUUAUGACUGAAACCCAGACACCACCUUCCACUUACUGGACCAUAUUUCGGGGAAGCGACGAACAUGCGAAGAAACUGCUAUCACAGCGAUUUUACGAUAUUCACCGAGAGGCCGAUAUGAGCGAAACCAUCCUAGCUACGUACUUUAUCACCUUCAGCCGGAUCGCACUCCAGACGCCCCUAGCGGCGAAUCUCCUGCAUUUAAUUGCCUUCUUUGAUCGUCAGAGCAUACCCGAGGAGCUACUGAGCCGGUGUGGUUUGGAAGGGAUGGACGAUCCAGUUGAGUUUCGUCAGGCCAUUGGAAAGCUAUUAGGGUUUUCGCUAGUUACAACAGUUAAGUGUGAGGACAAGACAUUUUACGAGCUUCACCGUUUGGUCCAACUGUCUUUACAGGUGUAUUUACCAACAGAAGAUUUUAAUAGAUGGACGGCCACUGCGCUAAGAGUGGUUUCAAGGUUGUUCCCUAAGGAUAUAAGCGAGCGGAGAUAUCUUGGUUCUGCAUACAUUCCACAUGUACUUGCAGUGACGAAAGAUUCGACGGAUCCCAUUGCCGAAGAGCUCUGUUUUCGCCUCGGACAGUACUUUCUCGAUAUGGGUUUCUACAAUAACGCAGAAAUUCAAUUCCGUCGAUGUAUUGUACUUCGGGAAGAGAGUAAAGAGUAUGACGAGGAUGCGGAAGGUUAUAGGAGGGUUAUACUUCUGGGAGUGGCAAGCGCAUAUCAAGGAAAGCCAGAUGUGGCCGAGAAGAUAUUUCGGGAUUUGUUAGAGGAUAUUGAAGGAUCCUUGGGUCCAAAUAAUCCCAUCACCCUGGAGGCGGUCCGGUACCUGGGUAUCGUGUUACGAGACCGGGGAAAGUACAACGAAUCAGAGGCAUUGAAUCGGCGCGCACUGGAGGCUUACGAGAGGGUUCUUUGAUCAGACCACCCAGACACUCUAACCAGUGCCCGCAAUCUAGCUACGGUGCUGCAAUACCUAGGAAAGUACAAGGAAUCUGAGACGAUGCAUCGACGUGCACUAGAGGGGCACGAGAAUAUUCUUGGGGCAGACCACGCAAACACUCUAACAAGUGCCAACGACCUUGCUAUUGUGCUGAAAAUCCGAGGAAAUUACGGCGAAUCAGAGAUGAUGAACCGGCGUGCGUUGGGGGGGGUAUGUGAAGAUCCUUGGAGCAGACCACCCGGACACUCUAGCAAGUGUCGGAAACCUAGCCAUUGUGCUGCAACACCAAGGAAAGUACAAUGAAUCCGAGAUGAUGCAUCGACGUGCACUGGAGGGGCGCGAGAGGAUUCUUGGAGCAGACCACCCAUACACUCUAACAAGUGUCGGCAACCUAGCUACGGUGCUUCAAGACCAAGGAAAGUAUAGUGAAUCCGAGAAGAUGUAUCGACGUACAUUGGAGGGGACCGAGAAAAUUCUUGGAGUAGACCAUCCGGACACUCUAACAAGUGUCGGCAAUCUGGCUACAGUGCUUCAAGACCAAGGAAAGUACAGAGAAUCCGAGAUGAUGCAUCGACGUACACUGGAGGGGAGCGAGAAGAUUCUUGGCGCAGACCACCCGAACACUUUAACCAGUGUCGGCAACCUGGCUACUGUGCUGCAAGACCAAGUAAAGUACAAUGAAUCCGGGACUAUGCAUCGACAUACACUUGAGCGGCGAGAGAAGAUUCUUGGAGUAGACCACCCAAACACUCUAACAAGUGUCGGUAACCUGGCUACUGUGCUUCAAGACCAAGGAAAGUACAAUGAGUCCGAGACGAUGCAUCGACGUGCGCUGGAGGGACGCGAAAGGAUUCUUGGACACGACCAUCCCAAAACCCGAUUGAGUGCUAAAAACCUGGCUACGCUGCUGCGAUCACAAAGACAGUGUGACAAUUUAUAGCUGAGGAAGCGGUGUACGCGGCAGGCACUGCGAGGAACCUCACGGGAUACCCGGCCACUAUUUGCUCGCCGUGUUGUCCGGAAUGCGCAGGAGAGAACUCUACCGCAAGGGCGAUAGACGGGCGGGGGAGAGUAAAGAUCCGCGGGAGUCAGCUGCGGACCAGACGAAACUACCAAGAUUGACUCACUAGGGGUUCGGUAGUCAUCAGUUGAAGCGUAGGGUGGAGGAAGUGUUGGGUAUUUUCAUUCUGCUUUUGAAUUUUAACUCCUAUUAUUUCUUUUCUCCUUUAACGGUUUAACGGUAUGCGUUUUCCUCUUUAACUUCAAAUGGCGUGCCUUGCAUUUGAUAAGCUCCUUGUAUCACACUCCUUUGCCACUCGUGAUCAUAAGAAGUCACUCUCUUGUUAUUCUUC